AAUCAUAUCAAAUCAUCAACUAUGGAUGCUGGGACAUUAAUCCGGAUCCAGCCUUGGGUGAGGCCGCGUAACGGCACGCAAAACGGCGACAAGGCAACAGUGGCAGUUGUAGCGCCUGGGGCUGGUGUCGGUGCGAACGGAGACAUCUUCCUGGAGUUGGAUAGCGAUCCAGAGCUGCAGGUGGAGAUGAUUGGUCGCAAAGGCAUGCCCUACGAUCGAUAUCCAGAAACUUGGCAAAGUGGGGCUUGUAAACCAAAUCUGCAGAGCUUUGGCGAGGAUGUGGUACGAAUUGGAGCGCAUAAACGUGUAGAUUGCUUCAUUUUCGGCUCCCGUGGGGGCCAGGUGGUGCUUCCGAUCCUUUGGAGAGAGUUGAAGAAUGAUGCGCCACCUAGUGUCGUGGUGAAUGGCGGUUGUGCUGCACGGCUACCAGGGCCUAGAGUUUACUGGCCUGCAAGUGUUGUUACAGUGAUGUUGCUGGGCGGACAGGACUUCUUCCGCUCGGGCAUUUCACGGGAUGAGUAUCUGAACAAUACUCUUCAAUGUGUGGGCGAUACGAACCAGACCACUGCUUUCUUGUUUGUGCCUGAAAUGAAACACAUGCCGCAGGAAGAGGUGAUGCGGGCUUCGCUGCGACAUUUUGUUCUGGCAGCCUUGGCGUGGAAGAAGGUACCUGAGAGAUUCCCUGCAGACCAUUUGGACAGAGCUGCAGAGGCUUUGCUGCAUCAGGGUUUUGCGAACGAAUUGUUCUACAAGUCUGGUGGUGGCUGGUGCCAGAAGACCUUUGGCAGGAUGCCGCUGGACCGGCAACCACCACCUUUGUCACCCAGAAUACCGAGGCCGCCAGGCGACCCAUGCCCACCCCAUACAGCAGUUUCGGUAUUGCCAGCAAAAGUUGCAGUAGGCGAUAGCAAAGCAGGUUGGUCAGGCGAUCUUAGCAGCGAUGGCGUGAGAGGCCAUGAAAGUUUGGCGGCGGAAGCUCGCCGGUUGUCUCGUGAGCCAGGCAUCGACCCAGGGUAUCAGAUGCUCUUGUUGGAGUUUGCGAAUGGGCAAGACGCAGAGGCUUGGGCUGCAGAGGAUGAUCGCAUCAUGAGAGAGCUGAAGGCCCAAGUGAAGGAGAAGGAAAGACGUGCUUGCGAAUCACGUGAUGCUCGGGCUUGCCCAGCUUACGCUGACAAGGGUGUCUUGGGUGCUUAUUCGGCUCCGGCACCGCAACUGCGGCUAGCAAGGCAAGUUCAAGCUGCUCCAGCUGCACCCAGAUCCUUUGCGUCGCAGCCGUCGCAGCCGUUGCAGCCCUACGGCCCCUGCGGCCCCUGCGGCCCCUGCGGUCCCUGUGGUCAAUUCCAGCCGGUCCCUCAUCGAGGCCAAGCAGGCGUGGCGGUGCCAUCUUGGGCACACAUGCCCCAGCCUUGCAUGCAAAGGAGCUUUCCAUCAUCGCUUCCACGAUACCGCUAGCUGGC